CUGUUUCUCCACCCACAAUGCAUCAUCGCAGCAAACCCGUGUCUGCCAUGUUUGUACCCAGGUCGUGAACAGAGACUACUGCCGCAGUGAGUCGGAGCUACCCACUCUCAAGUCUCCUGUUUUGGUCCGUCAUAAUGUUGAGCUACUGAAGAAUAAAUGCAACGUCCAAUUUUUUCGUAAAACUUUAAGCGGGACGGGCUUUGCACCAUGUCAGCCGAUGCACAGGAUUUUGACUUUGAUGAAUAUGACAAACCUGGUGCUGAGCGUUCACGCAGAAGGAGAGGGGAAGAUGAUACUCUGGAGAGUGACUUUGAAGAGGAGUUGUUGGAAGAGGAUUGGCUGACAAGUAAAAAGAAUCCUUCAGAAGUGUCAGAUGAGGAGUUAAAUGAUGAUCUUCUCCAAAGUGACGAUGAAGACAUAAAUAUAAGCGGUCAGGAUGUGGACCUCAGUGCCACUUACAGCAUGGGUACAUCCUAUGACCAGCAGGACGGGUUGCAGGAAGCACACUACGCUGAUGAUGUUGUGAACCUGGGUGCAGAGGGCUGUGAAGAAGGGGAUGUAGAGGAGGAGGGGUACCAACAAGUGCGGGAAGAGGGGUUUACAGAAGAAUACAGUCAGGACGCCAUAGAGAUGACUGAUGACCAAAUCGAUUACACCGGAGAGCUGGCUGAGGGUGACGAUGGUUACCAAGAUGAAGUGCUAGACAUCCAAAUCAAUGAGCCCAUAGAUGGGGAAUUUCAAGAUGAAGAAUUCCAAAUCUCCUAUGGCAGUGGAUCUCUCAAUGCAGAUGGAACCACACAGGAUGAGGACACCGAAGGGAUGGGCAUGCAGGAACAAGGAGAUGAAGACGACAUCACUGAGGAACGACAAGUGUACGACACAGAGAAGACUGAAAACGAUACUCUACCUGAUGACGAAGCAAAAGAGGAAUCAAAUGAAGAGGAAGAGGAAGAUGAAGAAUCUGGUCGAAUACGGUUCAAAUCUGAGAGGACGGAUGGUGCUAUUGUGCGGUUGGCAGAUGCAGGCAAUAAAAGGAGAAACAUCCCUGAAACCCUGGAACUGUCAGAGAAGGCCAAGAAAGAUUUGAUGGAGUUUGAGGAGCAAGAACGACAGAAGAGACAAAACCGUUAUGGAGGCAGAGGCAGAGGAGCAGCGAGAGGAGGGAGAGGAAGAGGAGGUUUCGCUGGGUAUGGAAUGGCAGAUUUUGGUGGAGGAAAGAGAGGAAGAAUGCACAACCAGAUGCCCCCACUGAUGGGAAACAUGAACAUGCAGCCAUCCUCCCGAAUGCCGCCUCCACAUCAGCAGCAGUCCCAUCAGCACCACCCUUCACGUACAAGAGGGCUUCCUCCCUUCCAGGAGCAUGGGCGUCCCAUUUCCCAGCCCCUCAUUCCCUCUCACAUGGCUCAUCGCUCUCCACCACUGCGACCCCAGAUGGAUCCCUCACCCCGAAUGAUGAGCCCACCACCACCUAACUUUCCGCAGCAUCACCAGCAGCAGCCCAUGCAGCAGCCCAUGCAGCCCAAAAAUAUCCACAUUAACCCCCACUUCAGAGGACCUGCACAUUCCUCUGUACAAGUGCCCUUGAUGCCUCCUGCUCAGAGCCAGCCCAGACCUGCUGUGGGUCCUCAGAGGUUCCCUGGGCCAGGAGACUUCCAGCCGCACAUGCAAGGUAAUUUUGGUCAGCCUCAGCGGCCUCCUCAUCACAUGGAACCUUUGAGGAACCAGCCACUUCAAGGCCCCCAGGAUAGAGAGGCCCUGUUUAUGGGAGAGUGUGCCGAUUCAGCACGCUUUCCUGGGCAGCACAUGUUUGAUCACCAGGGCCCGGGCCCUAUGAUGAACAGCAGCAACAGCCUCCACCAGCAGCAGCUGUCCGGCCAGGGCCAUAUGGGCUUCGGCCCACCAGGACCACCCUUCAACCAGCCUGGCCAGGGCCCACUAGGACUUUUUCAGAGAGAACCCCCAAGACCCAACCUCCCUCCCCACCAAGGCCACCAGGGGAUGGUGAAUUUGAAUCAACAAGGUGGCCCCCCCAACCAGCCCAGGCCUUUCAUGGGCCCUCGUCAGCCAUUUAGCCAGCAAGGGAACCUUUUCCCCCCUCCACAAGUUCAGUAUGGGAUGCAGGUACGACUAAGAGGCUUAAUGCACGGCCCCCCUGCCUCUCAGCUUCCACAUCACGACCCACUGUCAUCCCAUCCCAUGCAUCAGCAGCAGCACCAUAGGCAAGAGUUACCCCAUCAUCAUCAGCAGCAACAGAUAAAUCUCAGUGAACCUCGCCCCAUGAUGCACCAUGGUCAGAAUCCUUUCCAUCAACAGCAGGCGCAUGGUAGCCCCAGGCAGAUGACUCCCCGCCCUCAGAACCCUCAACUGCGCAACAUGUCAAACAGGCAGAGAAUGAACACACCAGUCACCAAACAAAUGCAGCAGCGCAACAGCAACCUUCGGGAGCUCCCUGUAGCACCUGGUAACACAAACAGCGCCCGCCCAACCCCAACCACCCCCGCUGCCAACAUCAAGCCUGUUGCCAAGACAACACAGGGGAUGCGUCCUGGGCAGAGCAUGCAGCCGAUGUCUGGUGGUGGCAGAGGAAGAGGCCAGCCUGGGGGAGCAGGCAGGACGGUGGUUCCCAAAGAGGUCCCAUGCACACCCCCCAGCAUGGCACCACAGGACCCCAAUGAAGAUGAGGAGACGAGGCAGUAUCGUCUAAAGAUUGAGGAACAGAAGCGUCUUAGAGAAGAGAUUCUAAAGAGGAAAGAGCUGCGACGACAGAUGCAGGCUGGUGUCAGAAAGAAAGAGCUGCUGGAAAGGCUCAAUGCUCAGACAAACACGCCCGGCCAAGGCCCGACUGCUGCCCCGCCUCCACCAGUACAGCCGAAUCAGCAAACACAACAACCUGCACAGGAGGCACCGCCACAGCUAGAACCAAAACGGCAGCAGCAGCAGACACAACAGCAGAGACAGUUUCCUCUGAGAACGCAACCAUCUUUAAAUCACACUUUGCAGACUCCGAAUCAAGGCAAUAGCAUACCUGCUGGCAGCGCAGCACAGACUCAAAAUCCUCGUCCCAAUGUCCAAACACGGAUGCAGAUGGUACAAGGCACACAGCAGCAGCAGCAGACCACCGGCCCUUUUCCUGAGCAGCAGUGGAAGCAGCCUCAACAGAACCCGCAGCAGCGACAGAACAGCGCUCUGCAGAGUGUCAACAGACCCGGCACCCAGGCUCAGAAUGCGCAGGCUCCUCAAAAGAACAUUCAUACGACUCCUUUAGCGGGCCAAGGCCCAGCUCAGACUCAAGGACUUAAACCUGGAGCUAAAAGAACUGUGAUGCAGCGAGCCAAGAACUCGAGCGGAGAAGGCCAGCAGGUUCCCCAAAAAGUCAGAGUCGUCAAAAUUUCAGGACUGAGUGGAAAGGGGCCCGAGGCCACCAGCAGCCCAGUGCAGCAGCAAGGUGACUGGCAAUCAUCUCCACUCAACCAGAGUGUUCAAAGGAAGGUUACAAUGAUGGGACAGCAGCAAGAAACACCAGGUGGAACACCACAUGCGAGCCGUGGUGGAAUGGGGAACCCACAGCAAAGCAGGGUCAUUGUGUCAGGCCGGGGCAGAGGAAGAGGAGCUGCUCAGAUGGGUCGAGGUCGUCCAGUCGCCACCAGACAAAGCCUCAGAGGUCCUGAGAACCCGUGCUGCACUGUGUCCAUCGAGGGCCUCUCCUCAUCUACAACUGAAUUACAGCUGAAGAACCUUCUCAGGUCCAUCGGCCCCAUAGAGAUGUUCAAAAUGCUACCCCAACAGAGGAAAGCAGUUGCCACAUUUUCCAACCCUCAACAUGCAGCAAGUUUCCAAAUAAGCUUCCAUAGGCACAUGAUUGAUUUGUCCCACAUUGACGUGUCACUGAUUGACGGAUGAGGAGCACAUCAGAGCCGGGGAAGAAGUUUGUUUCAAGAAGUCGCCUUCUUCUGAUGUGGGAGUCUCUCGUGCACGACUCCACCUUCUUGUAGAAUUAUCACUUCGCCUCUUUGGGGUUGAUGGACGCGUCGGUACAGAGCUCAUCGUUCGUCCCCCACCACCUCGGACCAGUGACCACAGGAACACAGACAUUGGCCACGAGCAUGCAUGUGUUUGACUUAGCUGACCAGGUGGCUGUAGUUGUAAAAUGGCACUGAAAAGACACUGGACCCUCCUUUGGUGUAGUUUGUAAAUGGGUUUUUUUCUUUAAUUUUUUUCUUCUUUUUUAUUUUUUGGCAUUUAAUUUUUUUUGCAUCUUACACAGACACUUAAGUAGAGCUUAUCAUGGUAUAAUGGUUGCUCCCCUCUUCAGUGGCUCAGUAAAACCCGCCGUCGGUCUGUCCACGCUGGUUCUUUCUUGGCAGUGCUUCUCCAGCUCUGUAGAUGGCAGCAUUUUACCACUAAAGGUGUGCUUUAGAAUUUCAGCCAAAGCCUUUCAGGAGGCUCUAUGUCUGUUGUUGGGUCAGUGGCACUACCUAGUGGAGAUGUUGCUUUCAGGCUAAUGCGUGUCCUGUGUGUGACUGAACAUGCAACCGCAGCAACGGCCGCUCCGCUGCAGGAAGCAUAGGACGCUUUUUUUAAAUUCAAAAUUCCCGGUAGUUUGUUGAGGUUCAUUAAAGCCGAGCAAAAUUAAGGUUCUACCAAAUGUUGGUGCGUCUCCUUGGACUGAAUCUAUUUGGUCUUCCGCUGUUCAUCUUUGUUCUGAAUAUUUUUGGUCUUUUAACAGUUUUUGCUCUUUUAGUUGUAUGUCUGAUUAUGGAGAAGCCCGAUUUUACGUUUCAGGUCUUUGCUCAGUGUCAUGUGAUCCAGUCUUCUCUAGAGAUUUAUUUGAUGAAUACCAUAACUUGCUAAAACAUUGCUGAGAAAUUUAGUAUUGGGUCAGAAAGAAUUUCUGCCUACUCGUAGGAAGAUAAAGGUUCUGCUCAGACAUUCCUUGCUCAUCCUUGGAAUCGGAAAAAUUUGACCCAAAUUUCCGAGACAUAAGCUGAUAGUUUGGUGCCUUAUAACUGAGCUGGUAAGUGUAAAAAAAGCACUUAGCAACAUUUUCAUUGGGUAUUUGAUUGUAACUAAAUGAAGAAAAGUAAUUGGGUAGAAAACUGACGUUUCUCAUGUUAAACUACAUAUAAUUUUGCAUAGUCAGCUUGAGAGAUUUAGCGGCUUCACUCAUCCAUGACCUGUUAUGUCAGUUUAUUUUUAUUUCCCCGAGCAUUUGCAGAUGUUUUUGGACCUCUUUAUGGAUGAAAACCUUCUGUUUCCCCAAAUUCAAUUUGAUUGAUCAUUUUCAUUUUUAAAAAUCUAGCAUCAGUCAGGCUCCCUUUGCAUGUUUUCUUUCACCUUUCUUUCGAGUUCAUCUUGGAAAGUUUAAUUUAUUCUCGGUUUAUAACUUGCUAAUCUGAAAAUGACAAAGUUUGUCUGCGUUGCUAAUAAGGGAAUUGUACACUACUCAGGAUCUGGUGUGAGAAUCUGGGGGGGGGCGACCAUUAUCUAUGUAGCAAUCAUGUACAUACGUAGGUCAGAGAUUUCACUCAGUAUCUUCCCUGAUGUUUUUUUUUCUUUCUUGUGUUAUUCAUGUUGUAUCAAGUUAAACCUUUUUAUAUGUAAGGAUAUACGCUGACGUGUCCAGACGUAAACCUUUUUACCAUUGGUUUGGUUCGGUUUUAGAGCCAAAACAAGAAAUGACUGGAAAACCUUUCUGUUUAUAAGACAUUUGGAAAAAAGCAAACGUUUAAGACAACACAAGAAAAUAAUAAAAACUUGGCCAAUAUACCGUGAACAUGCAGGUAUGUGAAGCCGGUUCAACUUUAGCCCAAAGGUGUGUGGUUGUGUGUGAUGUCCAUGUGUCUGGUGCCUUUAUGAUGACCUUUAUCUUUAUCAUUUGUAUUUCAUGGAACCUGGAAGUUAGUGGGUAUACACUUUGCAUUAUUUAAUAUGUUGACUUUUUAUUAGUAAGUAACUACCUCAGGAUUAAUGUACUUUUUAAACUAAAUAUAUUUAUAUUUUUAUAGUUUUAGUCAUAGAAAUAAUAUGACAGGAAAUGCUACCUCCUAACUGAAGGGGAAUGUCACUGAAUUUUGGCCUGAGUUCCUCUGGCGUCAGUGAGAAAUGACAGGCAUUUUGGCCCACAAAUUUGAACUGUGAUGGCAACCUCAUGUGCAGCUCUCAUGAAAGACCAAGGCUCCUGCAACGGUUUUUUAAAGUUACACACCACUGGGAUCAUGUUUGGGAGCUACAGCUGAGAACCAUGUUAAAAGAAACCAGCUGGAUAACUUUCCAAACCUUUCCAUUUUGCUCUCAUAAAAUCGGCCUCUUGCUGCUCAUCUGGAUGACAUCACAUACCGGGGUCCUAAUUUUGACUAUUGAAAUCAAAGUGCUGAUGUUGACUUCUACUUGUCUCCCUGCUGCCCUGCGUGUGUGAAACACACCUAAGUUUAGUGGUAUUUCCCUUAAAUGCACCAUAAUUUAAAACGAGUCCACAAAGUUUAAAAGCAGAAGUUGCACAAAGGGGAAUCUUACCAGUGAAGUCCCAACAUUCUCAGGGAGCCUCUGAGUGGCAGGGUGCAAAGAAACCCCCCAAAACCAAACGCACCCUUUUUGUGAAACCUGAGGUUGAGUGUGGCCUAAAGUUUCUCUAUUUUUUUGUAUGUUGCACAGUUGUCUAAACUGACUUCUUUAUGUUUUCUUCCCUCUGUUUUGAGUUGUUGAGCUGUUGUCUAUUUCUUUAUUGACAUUGUGUAUUCACUGUGUUUUGAUGUUGUGUGCGACUCUCGAGGUUGUGAUUUGGUAAAUCCUGUGGAUUUGAUCCAGUAUGGGCAAUGCCUGUCCUAGUGACAGAGUUAUGAGACACCGUGUCUUGUAAUGACAGAACAGAUUCAUGUUGAAUCUCCUGGUACUCACUGUGUUGAAGUCUUGUUAGAAUAACGUGCUGCCGCACACCACCUCAGUUACCCUGUUAGGUCCCAGAUGACCCGUCUGUCUGUCUGUGUGUCAGAAAGAUAUCAGGGCGAUUUUGUGCUCCUCAUCCUGGCCGCAGAUGACGGAUAACACUACGUUUACAUUACCUGAAGCUCAAAGCUCCGUCAGGGUUGGUUUAUGUAACGCUAACAACUUUUUUUCUUCACCAGGUCCAUUUGCCGAUUAAAGGACUCGGUGGUGUUGCUGCUUGGCUGGAAUAAAAUGUUAAUGUUCUUCUUUUUUGCAGGUCAAAGAAGCAGGGACUGCUAUAACGGUUAUUCCACCACUGUUUACCAUGUUUAUUAGCUAAAGGUUCCCUUACCAUUUCAUCGGGAUUUAGCUGACCAAUAGCAAAUGGUUGAAAUCAGGCAACAAUCUUAGGUGGAGCUAAAGGAAGCUCGCUCCUUUUUAUCUACCACCUAAUUACGCAAAGACCAAAGCUGAGUCUUGCCCAGUUUGGGGCUGGUUUACACUAGGCAGGGGUGAAGGAUGAGCCUAGUUCAAGCCGAGCUUCUGAUAUCAUUAAUGCACUUGCUUUGUUUGUUUACAACCAGAAGUUCUGCUCAACUUUUUGAGGAGCCACAUUUGUGUGUCUCCUUUUCCUCCUUAACCUUCAUUUAGAGUCAUUUCUAGCAAAAAGAAUGCAGAAAAGACGUUGGCGCUGAAGUCCUAAAAGUAGAUAUCUGCAGGAAACAUGAGGGUUUACAAUAAGUUAGAAAAACAGAUGGAUAAGGGUGUUAUUAGCACAGACGUUUAGCUUUGAUGCUGCUGUUUUUAGUCGAAUAAACCCACCUGGUGUUCCCAGGUGUCGCUACAUCACCGCAGCAGGGCGGUGCCGGGGAUUAACUCUUUUUUUUUCAUCAGAAACCCGCUGGAGGAAGAGAAGCCGAGCUUAAUCCUUGUCCCCUCUUCUGUCUUCUAAACAUAAUUUAUUAGUUUUAUUUCAGCCACGCGGUGUCCGGCCCCGGAGGAAGCUUUCACUCGAACUAAAUUAUCUUCCGUAGCAGAAGCUGCCUUCUCUCAUCUUGCCGUGCAUAAGUUUGACAGUUGCUCACCUUUUCCUCGAUGAUGAUGAUGCUGUUGUUAGAUGAGCCUCUGUAUGGAGCAGGGUGGCCUGCCGGGAUUACCAUUGUUUGUUAGCCCAGUGGAUGGAAGUUUCCAUCUCUGUGACGACAGCCGGGGGGUCACAGAGCAGACAUAACUCUAAAAGCACCGACGUACAUCCCAGCUUCUUGACAAUCAUUGUUUGGUCGGAUUUUGAAAAAGGAAAAAAAAAAGACACUGCUGUUGCCUCCUGAUGUCCAGUUGUGUGAUGCACCAAAUAAUGACUGCAAAACCACCCUGUUGAGCUUUGACUCAAACUGCUGACCUAGCAUCUUGUGUGUUUUGCUUUGAUUCUGAUGUCACAUAAAAUCAGUAUUUGUGUGUCGCACUCUCACUGAAACAGUUGUGUAGUUUGUUGUGAUGCUGUAAACUGAGAUUUGUCUCCACCGAUGUAAAAAUCUGAAAGCAUGACUGACAACACAAAUGGCAUGUAUUGUAUAAGACCAGAGAAAUGGAUGGAAAAUAAACUUCUUUAUGCACACAGCAA